CCAGAGGAGCUGCAAGGGCCCGCGGUCUCCUUGGAGACGUACUGGCCAAUGACAGCAGCGGAAGCUGUUUAUGGGGGCGGGGCGUCGCCAUGGCAGCAGAAGAAGCCUUCCGAGCGUCUACUUAAUGCCGGUCCCCGGGCCGUCGGCGCUCAGAGAAGCGCCGUCGGGCGAGGGGGGGGGGCGCGAAGAGGGGCGCCAGCACAGCCCUCGAGCUGGGGACAGAGAACCGCGGGAGGUGGGAGGAACUUCUUCCAGAACCUUCCUCUGGCUGGCUGCGCUCUGAGCCAGGGGAAGAGUGUUCAGUUCCGUGGUGCUCCCGCAGGCCUCACAUUCGUGUUCGGAGGAGGCGACCCCCUGGGUCGCAGAAUGGAAGUGAGUGUUCUGGAGACUGUGUAACUGGAGUCUGGGUUACCAGCGGGCCAGAGAGCGCGGCGGGCCACUCCGGCUCAGCCUGUGGAUGUUGACCGCCCCUUCGGAGAGUCCCCGCAGACAUGGCGGAGAGCUGGCUGCGCCUCUGCGGAGCGGGUCCCGGAGAGGAAGCCGGGCCGGAGGGCGGCAUGGAGGAGCCGGACGCCCUGGAUGACAGCCUGACCAGCCUGCAAUGGCUGCAGGAAUUCUCCAUUCUCAACGCCAAGGCUCCCACUCUUCCCCCAGGAGGCACAGACCCCCACGGCUACCACCAAGUGCCGGGCUUGGUGGCGCCCGGGUCACCGCUGGCGGCAGACCCUGCCUGCCUUGGGCAGCCGCACACACCCGGCAAGCCCACAUCGUCGUGCACAUCUCGAAGCGCGCCCCCGGGGCUGCAGGCCCCGCCCCCUGACGACGUGGACUAUGCCACCAACCCACACGUGAAGCCACCCUACUCCUAUGCCACUCUCAUCUGCAUGGCCAUGCAAGCCAGCAAGGCCACCAAGAUCACUCUGUCGGCCAUCUACAAGUGGAUCACGGACAACUUCUGCUACUUCCGCCAUGCAGACCCCACCUGGCAGAAUUCCAUCCGCCACAACCUGUCCUUGAACAAGUGCUUCAUCAAAGUGCCUCGGGAGAAGGAUGAGCCCGGCAAGGGGGGUUUCUGGCGCAUCGACCCCCAGUACGCAGAGCGCCUGCUCAGUGGGGCCUUCAAGAAGCGGAGGCUGCCCCCAGUCCACAUCCACCCUGCCUUUGCCCGCCAGGCCUCCCAGGAACCUAGCGCUGCCCCCUGGGGUGGGCCUCUGACCGUGAACAGGGAGGCCCAGCAGCUGCUUCAGGAGUUUGAGGAGGCCACAGGGGAGGGGGGCUGGGGCACAGGAGAGGGCAGGCUGGGGCAUAAGCGAAAGCAGCCGCUGCCCAAGAGGGUGGCCAAGGUCCUGCGGCCUCCCAGCACCUUACUGCUGACCCAGGAGGAGCAGGGUGAGCUGGAACCACUCAAAGGUAACUUUGACUGGGAGGCCAUCUUUGAGGCUGGCGCACUGGGGGAGGAGCUGAGCUCACUGGAGGGUCUGGAGCUAAGCCCCCCGCUAAGCCCCAGCUCACAUGGAGAUGUGGAUCUUACAGUCCAUGGCCGGCACAUCAACUGCCCUGCUACCUGGGGACCUCCAGCGGAGCAGGCUGCUGACAGCCUGGACUUUGAUGAGACCUUCUUGGCCACAUCCUUCCUACAGCAUCCCUGGGAUGAGAGUGGUAGUGGCUGCCUGCCCCCAGAACCCAUCUUUGAAGCAGGGGAUGCCACCCUGGCCGCUGACCUGCAGGACUGGGCCAGUGUGGGUGCCUUCUUGUAAAAGGUCAGGCCCCACCCCAUCUCCGGACAGUGCUCAAGUCAGGGCCCAGAACUGCCUCCCAAGACAGGCCCGUGGACAUCUCAGCACCCAGGCAGGGACUGGGCCAGGUCUCUGAAGGCCACACUGCUGCCAGCUGGGGAUGUCCUCAUAUCCAAGCCCAGAAGACUGGGAACUGGGGACCCUGCCCCUCCCCCAUCAGCAACCCCCAUACACACAGUGUUUCAUCCACCCAUGUUCCCUCAAGCCCAAGGAUUGGCAAAAGCACCCCUGCCCCUGCCUGCCCCCCAUCCCCACCCUUGCACUCUGAGAGCUGAAGCCCAGAAGGGUCCUACCAGGCCAGGGAGGAACUGAACAGGGCCCUCACCAAAGCUUCGCCUCACCCACUUCUGCUGCUUCUCUGGGUCUCUACCCAGAGAAAGUUCCCAGGUACAACAAACGCUCAUUAGAUGAUAACAAAUUAAUUCCCAGGAGGCCCCUCCCGGCAGAGCUUUCCCAGGGGCCCUGGCAGCCUUGGCCAGGGAGAGAGAGUGAGGGCAAGAGACUGGGGAAGGGAAAAGAAAGGAGGCAGAAAUCCGGUGGGGGCAGCGAAGUGGGGCGAAAUGGUCUCUAAGCCCGCUAGGGCCUUUCCCUGGUCCAUCACCUGCACAAGGGAGGCUACAAACCUUCCAGCCUGACUUGAGGCUAAGAGCAUCAGGAAGAUGGGGUGUGGGGUGGUUGGGUCAGGGGCAGCCAAGCUGCUAGGGGGUGGGGGGAGAGACUAAUAUAGUGAAUGUAGUUAUAGCUAAGACUUAACUGGGGAAAGGAUGCCCGGCUCACUGGGAACACUGGGGCCAGGAAGGGGACAAGCCCUAGGCCCCUGUCUAUACUAGGGGGACCAGGCCUUGCUCCACCUUGACCCCUGGAGCUGGGACCUGAAUCUACCCUCCACGUGGAGCAAUUUAACCUUUUUCAUGUAAAGUUCUUUACAAUAAAAUGUUUUUCAAAAUAAAAUUUAAAAAAAUCUGAA